GCAGGACGCGCCCCAUGGAUUUGCUGACGCCUCCUUUCACCCAGGUGCCUGGGGCGAGGUGCCAAAGGUUCCCUAUAAAGCACCCGGGCUCCGCCACUCGCCCACUCCAGCUCUGUCUCACACACCAGCCUGGCUCAGCCAGCGACCACCAUGGUGCGGCUUGUGCUGCCCAAUCCUGGCCUGGAGGACCGGAUCCCGUCCCUGGAUGCACUGGACACCAUCGAGAAGGAUGCCGGCUCCCGGCCCCAGUGGGACAACAAGGCCCAGUACAUGCUGACCUGCGUGGGCUUCUGCGUGGGACUGGGCAACGUGUGGCGCUUCCCCUACCUGUGCCAGAGUCAUGGAGGAGGGGCCUUCAUGAUCCCCUUCCUCAUCCUGCUGGUCCUGGAGGGUGUCCCCCUGCUGCACCUAGAGUUCGCCAUUGGCCAGCGGCUGCGCAAGGGCAGCGUGGGUGUGUGGAGCACCAUCCACCCAGCUCUGAAGGGCGUAGGCAUUGCGUCCAUGAUGGUGUCCUUCAUGGUUGGCCUGUACUACAACACCAUCAUCGCCUGGGUCAUGUGGUAUUUCUUCAACUCCUUCCAGGAGCCCCUGCCGUGGAGUGAGUGCCCACUGAACGAGAACCAGACAGGUUAUGUGGACGAGUGUGCCAGAAGCUCCCCCGUGGACUACUUCUGGUACCGCAAGACCCUCAACACCUCCACCUCCAUCGACGAAUGGGGCUCCAUCCAGUGGUGGAUCCUGCUCUGUCUCACCUGCGCCUGGAGCGUCCUGUACGUGUGCACCAUCCGCGGCAUUGAGACCACCGGGAAGGCUGUGUAUAUCACCUCCACGCUGCCCUACGUCGUGCUGACCAUCUUCCUCAUCCGCGGCUUGACCCUGAAGGGCUCCACCAAUGGCAUUGUCUUCCUGUUCACUCCCAAUAUCACGGAGUUGGCCAACCCAGUGACCUGGCUGGACGCAGGCACCCAGGUCUUCUACUCCUUCUCACUGGCCUUUGGGGGCCUCAUCUCCUUCUCCAGCUACAACUCUGUGCACAACAACUGCGAGAUGGACUCGGUGAUCGUGUCCAUCAUCAACGGCUUCACUUCUGUGUUGGCGGCCACGGUAGUUUACUCCAUCAUCGGCUUCCGUGCUACCCAGCGCUAUGAUGACUGCUUCAGCCAGAACAUCCUGACGCUUAUCAAUGCCUUCGACCUGCCAGAGGGAAACGUGACGCAGGAGAACUUUGCCGCCAUGCAGCAGUGGUUCAAUGCUACCAAUCCCAACAUCUAUGCGGGACUCAAAUUCCAGACCUGCGACAUGAACUCCUUCUUGUCUGAGAGCGUGGAGGGCACCGGCCUGGCCUUCAUCACCUUCACCGAGGCCAUCACCAAGAUGCCGGUGUCUCCGCUGUGGUCAGUGCUCUUCUUCAUCAUGCUCUUCUGCCUGGGCCUCUCGUCCAUGUUUGGGAACAUGGAGGGCGUGGUUGUGCCCCUGCAGGACCUCAAGGUCGUCCCCAAAAAGUGGCCCAAGGAACUUCUGACAGGUCUCAUCUGCUUGGGCACCUACCUCAUCGCCUUCAUCUUCACACUGAACUCGGGCCAGUACUGGCUGUCCCUGCUGGACAGUUAUGCGGGCUCCAUCCCCCUGCUCAUCGUGGCCUUCUGCGAGAUGUUUGCCGUGGUAUAUGUAUACGGCGUGGACAGGUUCAAUAAGGACAUCAAGUUCAUGAUCGGGCACAAGCCCAACAUCUUCUGGCAGGUCAUGUGGAGAGUGGUCAGCCCAGUCAUCAUGCUGGUCAUCUUCUUUGCCUUCUUGGUGAUCCAGGUCAACAAGGACCUCACAUACAACGUGUGGGAUCCCAGCUACGAGGAGUUCCCAAAGUCCCUGGAGGUCUCAUACCCGAGCUGGGUGACCGCAGUGGUGGUGGUCGUGGCCGGGGUGCCUUGCCUCACUAUCCCCUGCUACGCUGUCUACAAGCUCCUCUGUGGCUGCUUCCGGAGCUCAGGAGACCGCCAGGGGCUGGUCAGCACGAUGUCCACUGUCUCUGUGAAUGGGGACCUGAAGAGCUGAGUGGGCCCAGUCUGCGGAGCAUGUGUGCGAGUGUGCGGGUGGCUAUGCACGUGUGUGGAUGUGGAUGUGUGCUCAGGUAUGUUUGUGCAGGAAAUCAUGUGUGUGUGUUGUGUGUACAUGCAUAUGUAUGUGUACAUGUGCACACAUGAAUGAGUGUGUAUACAGGUGUGUGUAUGUGUCCAUAUGCACACGUGUGUUAUGUGUGUGAGGGUAUCUGUGAGAAUGUAUUACUCAUCUGUGGAAGUGCACUGUGCAGUACACACAUAUGUACUGCACAUGUGUGCAUACCCCCGCAUAUUUAUGUGUAUUCAUACGUGUGCGGGAGGCAUGUGUCGUGCAUGUAAAUGCAUGAGCACCACAUUUUUGUUUUCAUGUCACAUGCGGACAUGUGGCUGUGUGUGCCCACUGUACACGUGUGGGGCAUGUGUUUUGACAGGCUUGUGGCACACAUUCCCACACCUGGCCCGCACUGCCCCCGCCCCUGCUCUUGCUUCUGUGGCAAGGCAUGGACUGUGCCCGGCCAUCCUGGUGUGGGCUGACCCAAACCUGCACACACCAUGGGCCACACCGAGGCCUGCAGGCCACACUGCUGCUCCUUGGCGUAGUCCCUGAUGCCUGUUCACUCACACUGCCCCUUGCCAUUGGACCUGGACCUGGCAGCCCUGAGUAGAAAAGUUGGGGGCCCUUUGCUGCCUGAGGAGGAGCCAGAGGAGGGCAAGAGACUCCAGGCAGGGAAGACUGGGCCCGAGCUGGAUUCACAGAGGUCCAGCCUGGCAGAGUCCACCGGUGAAUUCCGAGCUGUUUAAUCAUUACUGGAGCUGGAUGAGCAACUCAGUGGGGCUCAGCAGCUUCCCAAGAGGACGCUUCAGCUGGAGGCUGGGAAUGCUCCAGGGCCGACAUGGUGACUGUGACACCCACCCCCGGGUUGCCUGGGAGCCACACUAGGCACUUGCCCUCCCUGUCACAGAAGAGCCUCUCUGAUUAGAUGCCCAGCUCAGCCACUGCCAAUAGUCAUCCCGCUUCCCAAGGAAAGUCUAAGCUUAAAUUGAGCUGGCCUCUGGGAAUUCACAGGAGGGUGGCAGCGGUGGGUCCGGUUGCCACGUCCCUUCCCCUGGAGACACUAGCCACUUCCUCCACUAGAGGUCAGGGUCAGCCCUUUAACUGGAGUCCUCACACCAGGCCCCUCUGCCUUCCGCUGGAUACCUGGGCACCGUGAUCUGAGUCCUGCAGAUGGAGGAGGGUGGCCCAAGAACAUAGCCAGGAAGAGCUCGUGUGAGCUGGCCUGGGGAUGUGCAACUGAGCGCCUGCAGUGCCCGUCUGGGCCUGGGUGGGGAUGGCUCAGCCUGCUGUCUCCAGCCCGGUAUUCCCACGGGUGUGCCCAUCCGUGGGACCGGAAUGUGGUCUGGGCAGGAAGCGUCUGUCUGAAUAAACCACACUUGUCUCACA